CUUUCCGGUGUUGGGGCACAGUUGAAGAAGCGACUGAGAGACUGGGAGUCGUUCGGCAGGAUGACACGGCAUGGCAAGAACUGCACCGCGGGGGCCGUCUACACCUACCACGAGAAGAAGAAGGACACAGCGGCCUCAGGCUAUGGGACCCAGAACAUUCGACUGAGCCGGGAUGCCGUGAAGGACUUCGACUGCUGUUGUCUGUCCCUGCAGCCUUGCCACGAUCCUGUUGUCACCCCAGAUGGCUACCUGUAUGAGCGUGAGGCCAUCCUGGAGUACAUUCUGCACCAGAAGAAGGAGAUCGCCCGGCAGAUGAAGGCCUACGAGAAGCAGCGGGGCACCCGGCGGGAGGAGCAGAAGGAGCUUCAGCGGGCGGCCUCGCAGGACCAUGUGCGGGGCUUCCUGGAGAAGGAGUCGGCCAUCGUCAGCCGGCCUCUCAACCCUUUCACAGCCAAGGCCCUCUCCGGCACCAGCCCAGAUGAUGCCCAACCUGGGCCCAGUGUGGGUCCUCCAAGUAAGGACAAGGACAAAGUGCUGCCCAGCUUCUGGAUCCCGUCACUGACGCCCGAAGCCAAGGCCACCAAGCUGGAGAAGCCGUCCCGCACGGUGACCUGCCCCAUGUCGGGAAAGCCCCUGCGCAUGUCAGACCUGACGCCCGUGCACUUCACACCACUCGACAGCUCCGUGGACCGCGUGGGGCUCAUCACGCGCAGCGAGCGCUAUGUGUGCGCCGUGACCCGCGACAGCCUGAGCAACGCCACCCCUUGCGCUGUGCUGCGGCCCUCUGGGGCUGUGGUCACCCUCGAAUGCGUGGAGAAGCUGAUUCGGAAGGAUAUGGUGGACCCUGUGACUGGAGACAAACUCACAGACCGCGACAUCAUCGUGCUGCAGCGGGGCGGUACCGGCUUCGCCGGCUCCGGAGUAAAGCUGCAAGCAGAGAAAUCGCGGCCGGUGAUGCAGGCCUGAGUGUAUGCGGGAGACCAAAUAAACCGGCUUGGGUGCUCAA